AUGCGGGCGACUCACGCGCCGACGUACACCGACGAACAGCUCGCUUAUCUGGACUGGUACAACUCGCACGUCCAGGCCUUCUUCUACGCCGGACUCUUCUCCUACGUCCUGCUACUCGGCCUUGCCAACUUCCUCUCUCGCCUCCUCUCUGCCGCCUUCGUCCGACGCUUCCACACCCUGCACCCGUCGCCGAUCGACCAGAAGGGGCUGGUUCGGCUCUUCUCAGCCUGCGUUGCAUCAUGGAGGAAGUGUACGUAUCGGCGGAGCCAGCUGGUGGUCUGGGUUGGACUGGGUAGCGCGGCGCAACUCUUCGUUCUCCUAGGGUACCUAGCGAUGACAUUCAGCAUCGCCUUUUCUGGCGCUUAUGGUUACCCAGACUAUCAGGCGCAUCAUUGUGCAAGGCUGGCCUAUGCACACGUCCCCAUCCUCGUCGGUCUCGCUUCGCGCGAGGCAGGAGUCUUGGCCUGGCUGACGGGUUUCAGCCCUUCAACCUUGCUCAACAUGCACCGCUGGAUGGCCCGCACCGUCUUCUUCCUCGUCUGCUGCCACAUCGGCGGGCGGGUGUACACGAAUGUACCGACCGUCAACCCUUCCCUCCCUCACAUGCGCUAUCAAGCCUGGGGUAUAGCCGGCCUCAUCUUCUGGUCCAUCAUGGUCUUCGGUUCAAUCCGCCCAAUCCGCCGCCGCUUCUACAAGUCGUUCAUCUUCACGCACAUCUUCGCCUUUGCUCUCUCCAUUAUCUGCCUCUCCUUCCACCGCCCGCAGGUUGCGCCCUACCUGGCCGCAGCAGCAGUCGUCUACAUCCUCGACCGACUCGUUCGCUUCGGCUCGCUCGUCUACUUCAACCUCUUCCGUGCGGUCGCGCUGGGGCAAGGACCGACUGCGACAGUCGCGGUCGUCGGAAAGGACGUCAUCAAGGUGCAGGUCUCGACAGGACUUGCUUGGAAGCCGGUCGCCUCCUCCUACCUCCCCGUCUCGCACCUCGACUCGGAUCCGAAGCCUCGAGCCGGCGUACUCGCACUCGUUAUUCGCGUCCACAGCGGUCUGACGGCAAAGCUAUACCAGCAUGCGCUACGUGGUCAGGAGAACGGUGCGGAUGGCGAGAACAGCUCAACACCUGUGCCGAUCUGGCCUGUCUUCGUCGAAGGACCUUACGGCCACGACCUCCUGCUACACCGCUACGAAUCGGUCCUCCUUAUCACGGGCGGUACAGGCGUCACGUUCGCCCUCUCAUGCUUGCUGGACCUUGUACGUCGAGCGAGAAACCGGCACCUUGGCGGUACUAAGCCGCUCGUCACGAGUCGCGUAACGUUCGUCUGGUCCGUCCGCAACUCGGGCGACGUCAACUGUAUCGCCCAAGAGCUGCGCGAAGCGAUCCAUUACGCACCUCCCGGUUUCCUCGACGUCCAGAUCUACAUCACGUCGGCCGGCCGGAACCUCGAGGUAGUCGACACUACCGCCUCGUCUAGAUCAGGCUCGUCGUCCUCGAUGCUCAAGCGGGUUCCGACCUCGGCAACGCUUUCUAUCGAGAAGGAAGUCCUGCGCCCGCACAUCUCGAACCGCUCGACCGAAACCCUCAUACCGCGUUACGACCAGCCUCACGCUAUCACGUUUAGCCGCUCAAUAUACGAUGACCUUGCCCGGAGUCCUCCUCCGGCGCCAACCUCGAUCGACUUUCUCGACCAGGUCCCCCUUCUCAGCCACACCACAAACACGUCGACAACCUCUACUUCGCUCGACUCGGUCGUCAUUCCUCUUCAUACCGGUCGGCCUCGCAUUCGCGACAUCGUAGCAGACGUCGUCGCGCAGACUCCGCGCGCCGGCUCGGUCGCAGUCGGGACUUGCGGACCUGUCGCGCUCACGGACGAAGUAGGCGCAGCGUGUAGCGACAGGAUCGAUCCGGGCAAGGUGUCGAGGGGCGAGCACAGGCUGAACAUUAUGCUCCACUCGGAGGUCUUCGGGUGGUGA